UUAUGCUUUAUGUCUUUAUUGCAGCGUGGCUGGGCCACCUGGCUAGCAGCAGCUGUGGACAAGAGAGUUGUGUCAUUUAUUCCAAUUGUCUAUGAUCUUUUGAAUAUCGUUAAGAACUGGCAUCAUGAAUACCGAUCAUACUGUGGCUGGGGAUUUGCAUUGUAUCAUUUCUAUGUCAUGAAUAUAACUCGGCAGUUGGACACUCCACGGUUCCAGGAAUUAACUUCACAUGUUGAUCCGUUUGUAUAUAAAGAACGAUACCAAAGUAGGUCCCUGCUCAUGAUCUUAUCAACAGGAGAUGACUUCUUCCUGCCUGAUAACUCGUACUAUUUCUUUGAUGACCUACCAGGAAAGAAAUAUAUCCGAUUCAUCCCGAACACUAAUCACAAUAUAAUUUUAUUACCGUGGAAUAAAGCAUCUAUCCUUGAGUCGUGUAGAGCCUUUCAUCUCAGCACCAUGCAGAAUUUGAACAUGCCUCAAAUUUCUUGGAACAGGUCUGAGGCAAAUGGCAAAGGCAUUAUCUCUCUCUACACAGACCAGGAGCCUUUAAAAACUCGAUGUUUCUUUGCUGACACAUGGCUCACCAACAAGCGAGACUUCAGGCAACUUAGGCUUUCCUUGAUUAUUGUGAAUCCUGUACUUUGGAUUGAUUGCAAGGUUGAUAAAGUGGGAACAGGUGUUUAUAAAGCAGAAUUGUCAAAGCCAUUACUUGGAUGGAAGGCUUUCUUUAUUGAGGUAACUUUCAAAGGACCUGAGAACGAUAAGCAUGUUUUCACCUCAGAGGUUCAAAUCAUCCCAGACACUUUUCCAUGUGCAGACUGCAAGGGGGAAGGAUGCUAUGGGAAGCUGGUGUGAAACGCUACAGAGACACGGUGGCUCCUGUUGCUGACAGCAUCCAUGAGGGAAGACAUAAGAGGCAUUUGGAAAAUAAUGCAGAGAAGCGGGUGGGCAGAGAAGGCACCUCAUGCAGAGAAAGCAGACAGGUCCCACUUAAACUAAAAUGCAAUAGGUGCAGGGGUAGGGAGCUUGGUGUCAUGGGGUUAGUGAGGGUGUCACUCAGGAUCAGGAGACCUAACCAAGGAGCAGAU